AUGGACAAAGCAAGAAUUCUACUCAUCGGCUGCGGAGGAAUUGGUUGCAUGGCUGCCCUCAACCUCGAAUUCGGAGGACAAGCUCAAGUUACAGCUGUACUGCGUUCAAGCUACAACAUAGUCAAAGAGCGUGGCUUCACCAUCAACUCUGUUGAUCACGGCCAAGUUCGUGGCUUCAGACCAACUGAAAUCCUAUCAGAUGUGCCUGAUGUCUCCCAAUCCGGCAUCUCAUUUGACUACAUCAUCUGUGCCACCAAGAAUACCCCAGAUGUAUCUACACCUGUGGCAGAUUUGAUUCGUCCGGCUGUUACGCCUGGUCAUUCCACCAUCGUGCUCCUACAGAAUGGGCUCAAUAUCGAGGUUCCUCUUUUGGAGGCAUUCCCCGACAACAUUAUCCUUUCAGGAAUAAGCAUCUGUGGUUCAUCAGAGCCUGAGUCCGGAACUAUCGAACAUAAUCUACACGAUGAGCUGCGUAUAGGACCUUUUCGAGACGUGGGCGACGCUGCUGAUCGAGCAAGAGACAUUGUAGCUCGCUACAACGCAGGAGGACGAUGUACCUGCCAUUAUGACUCAGACGUCGCAUUUUCACGAUGGAAGAAACUUCUUUACAAUGCUGUAUAUAACCCGGUUGGCGCCUUGGCCAAUCUAGAUACCGGUGACAUACAACUAUGUCCUGGUCUUGUCGAUGAGGUUGUACGACCUGGCAUGAGAGAGAUUCAAGCUACUGCGGCUGCUUAUGGGCAGGAGAUCACCGAUGAGAUGAUCGAAUCUACCAUUACGACCGAGCCUAUAGAGACACAUGUUCCGCCAAGCAUGUUGGUAGAUGUCCGAAAGAGCCAGUACAUUGAGCUUGAAAACCUCAUCGGCGAGCCCCUUCGUUGCGCAAAGGCUCGAAAUGUUGCAACUCCCAUUCUGCAGAAUCAUUAUUCACUGGCAAAAAGCUACCAAUGGAAACUCCAGACCAAGAGAACAGCCUGA